GGCCACACUAAUUUACUACCAUAAAAAUUACAACAACAACAAAUAGAACGGAACGAGGGAAAACAACCCAGCGCAAUUAUGUAUAGAUACGAUUGAAGUUGAAGUGAACAAACGCCGUUGUAGGAACCGGGCCUAGUGCAACGUUGUGGCCAGGCGCUGCAAACUACGCACUGUUUUGGGCGGUCAGACGACCCAGCGGCAGCAGCGGCGGCGGCGGCCGACGACAAUUAGCCACGCCUUUGGAGCAACCAGAGAUGCCAGCUAUGGCCGGCGACAUGUCCAUUGGCUGCGCCGCACUCAAACGAUCCACGAAACUGAAGAGCUGCACAAGCGGCGCCGACACAGACUCGAUGCACUUGCCCAACGACCGCAAGCAAAAUGGCACUAAUAUGGGCCUAUUAAUUAAACCAGCAAGUGCACCGCAGAAUAUGCGUGGCGGCCUCCGAGUCUAUAAAGUUGUCAUAUUGGGCGACGGCGGUGUCGGCAAGUCCGCUGUUACUCUGCAGUUCGUCAGUCACAGUUUCUUGGACUACCAUGACCCCACAAUUGAGGACUCGUACCAGCAACAGGCGGUGAUUGACAAUGAGGCCGCUUUGCUGGACAUACUCGACACUGCUGGUCAGGUUGAGUUUACGGCCAUGCGGGACCAAUAUAUGCGUUGCGGGGAAGGUUUCAUAAUAUGCUACUCGGUGACCGAUCGUCACAGCUUUCAGGAGGCAUCCGAAUAUCGGAAACUGAUCACACGCGUACGCCUGUCCGAGGACAUACCGCUGGUGUUGAUAGCCAACAAAGUGGAUUUGGAAUCUCAGCGACGUGUCACCACCGAGGAGGGCAAAAAUUUGGCCAAUCAAUUUGGCUGCCCCUUCUUCGAGACAUCGGCGGCCCUGCGUCACUACAUCGACGAGGCGUUCUAUACGCUGGUGCGUGAGAUACGCCGCAAGGAGUUGCAAAAGGCAUUGGGUACGGACAACAACUCCGAGAAGAUACAUACCCGACACCGCAGUCGCUGGUGGCGCAUACGUUCCAUAUUCGCAUUGGUCUUUCGGCGUAGACGCAACUUAAACUAAAACCAGUUAAAGGGAACAGCUAAUUCCUCGGUUCGCAUGUGCAACUAAGUGCAAUAUUAAUUAAUGCGUUAAACUACAUAUAUAUUUAUUUGGAUAUAUAUAUAUAUAUAUACGGUUUGUAUAUGACACAACCAAUCAUAUGUAUAUGUAUCUGUAUAUGUUUGUGUGUUGACACACCUAGACGUCUAAUCAUUUAAUGAAAAAUGAAUUUAUCAAAUACAAAAAAAAUCGCGAAAACUAUUGUAAUCGUUCAGGCCAAUGGCAACAACUAAGUGACAUUGUCUGAGCUUAAACUUUUGUUAUUUGUUUCCAUAUAUUCCUUAAAUUAUUUUAAAGUGUUUUCAUUUGUUAACUAUGCCACAUUGUAUUUGUUGUAUCUGUAUUGUUAAGGUGCUAGACGCCAGGCAGCGCGACGCACAGUGGUACGAAAAUGAGUAUAUGAAAGAGAUAUAUAUAUAUAUAUAAAUAUAUAGUUAUGUAUAUCAAUAUGUUUAAGCACGAAUCCAAAAGAUACAUAUUAUAGCAAAUGCACAUACGUAUAUAUAUAGUAAAUAAUAAGAAUGUUGAUUCCUAACAAACCAAUUGGCAAAGGCAAAAAACGACAACAAACAAACAGAAAGAAAUGCAUUUAAAAUUAUAACGUUAACUGAAAUGAAACCAAAUGAAAAUUAAUAAUAAUAGAAAAAAUAUGAAAUCAAAAAACGUAACGAAAUACAAAACUGAUUCCUAGUUGAAGCCAACAGAGCAAGCUAUAGAAACAUAUAUAUGUAUAUAUAUAUAUAUAUAUAUAUGGACAAUUGUCAAGUGUACAUCAUAGAGAGCUUUAAAACAGUCCAACAAGAGCGAGGAAUUAUGUAUUAUGUGCAUGUAUUAUUAUUAUUAUAAUUAUAAUUAUAAUUAUUGUGGCAGGCGCAGCACGCACGCACAUUAAACUAAUCGAAUAAAUGUUGAAUUUAAACGUAUGUAUACUAAAGACAUCAAACGAGAUAAGACGAAUUGAUUGAUUGAUUGAUUGAUUGUAAUGCACAAAAACCAGAUGAGCAGAUGAGCAGCCAAUAUAUUGUUGAAUGUGAUUUUUGUUUAAAUGUACUAUAUUUAUGCGUUUGCAUUUGUUGUUUAAGUUUUAUAAAAUGUUUGACUUGUUAACUUGUCUAAGUUUAUUUAUUAUUAUUAUUAUUAUACUAAGUUAAGCUGUUCUGUGUUUUUUGUUAAUUACUUUUUAACAUCCAUGACAUUUGCUAAGCAUCACCAUGAGUUCCUCACGUCAAUGUUACUGCAACACAGUCAAUGCUAUUUGUUAUUAAAGACAAACAGACAAACGAAAAGAACAAUUCAAAAUUGUUAAAUCAAAUCAACUAUUUUGUGUUUUAAGCAUAACCAAACUAAUAACCAGCUAUGCUAAUUGGUAAACGAAACUUUGUUAUUUGUAUGUUUAAUUUUGUUUUUGUCAGUUAAUUGAAUGCGGGUAAAUGAAAGUAAGCUUUCCACAAAAUAUCGAAAACAAAGAAAAUGAAAAUGUUAAAUAUAUCAACUAUGAUUAUGUAUUUCCCAUGAAACAAUAACAAACAAAACUAGAAGUUAGUAGCGCGAGUAUUAUAAUAGAAGCACAAUCUGGUAAAUCCAGCUGGCCAUUGUUUUGUUUUUGGCAUUAUUCAAUUUUGAACGCUUCGAGCGUUUAAAUGAACUAUUUAAUUCAGACAUUUUAAAUGUACAAGAAAUAAAUGAAAAACGACAACAAAAAAAAGACCCCAAUAAAGAUUUUUGAAACCCCGUUAAAA